AUGCCCCUUGAAGACCAAGCAGCAGGGAGAUGGCAAGCAGACUCAGUAGAAGAUAGAGGUUCUGCCUCUACUGGGGAAGAUAUCAAGAACCACCACCCUGACACCCACCACCUGGUACACUCUCCUGUUAUUCAACCCUUGGACCUAUUGGACCCACCUGAAACCACCCCUGAGAUUUUAACUAUCCAUGGACUUUACCUGGAACCCCAGAGAACCCCAGCAUCCCAGAGAACCCCAGAAACCCAGAGAACCCCAGAAACUCCAGAGAACCCCAGAAACCCAGAAAAUCCCAGGACCCCCUGA